AAGUCCUCCAUCGACGUUCCAUUGACCGCGUUUGCCCAACUCGUUGCACUUCGGCUUGGAGCGAAACGAGCUUUGAUUUCACUAUUCGACAAGAAGGCCCAAUAUAUCCUUGCUGAAGCCACGCAGACUUUGAGUCUACAACAGGAUUACGUGCAUGACAAAGGCGACGCUCUACAUUAUGGCAGCGCGAUUCUGCCGCGGACCGAAGACUUCUCCGGAGAACUCCUCCAGCUCGCGCGAAAGUCGAAAACCGACGAUGGCUUGUGUGGCAAGAAAGCCGCUCUGGUCAUUUCGGAUCUGGCAGCUCAUGCACGAUACUCCACUCAUGUACAAGUCGUCAAUGCGCCCUUUGCGCGAUGCUUUGCUGGCGUACCUCUCUUUACGCCGUCUGGAUUUGCGCUCGGCACAGUCUCGAUACUGGACGAUAAGCCUAGACCGGAAGGACUGAGCGAGCCUCAGAUCGCAUUCUUGAGAGACGUGUCAACUACGAUCAUGACCCAUCUAGAAAUGGCCAGAGUACAGACGACUCACGAGCGCGGACUGCGUAUGGUGACCGGAUUGAGUCGAUUUAUGGAAGGAAAGUCGACUCUGUUCACACGGCAUUCGGUCCAGCCCAGAGGUCGGCUAGGUACCUCGUCCCAACUACAGGAAGACAUCGUUUCGCAAGAUGUGGAACAUGCCUUCCAGCGAGCUGCGAUGAUCAUUCAGGAAUCCAUGGAUAUGGCCGGUGUGCUGUUCCUCGACGCUUCGAUAGGAGAGUUCGGCAGCAUGAGGACGGACUCUGGCCAGAGCUCUGAUGCUUCUGAUUACGAUUCCGUGACCGCAAUGGAGGGCGAAGAGACCGCGAAUUCGGCUAACUCGCAUCCUCUCCGUCUGAAGCCUUGCCGUUAUCUCGCUACUUCUUAUCAAGAGGGUGAGGAUGAGAAUUACGAGCCAAGCCAUCGAACAAUACCGGAGAAGUUCUUGAGAGGACUCAUGAAGCGGUAUCCACAUGGCAAGAUUUACAACUUCGGCGAUGAUGGAGUCCUCUCAUCCGAUGAGCAAUCCGAUGCUUCGUCACCGACGACCGAGCAUCGCAAGAGAGCAUGGUCAGACUCAGUCAAGAUCUUGUCGAUCUUUCCUGGCGUGCGUUCACUGGCCGUGAUGCCGCUAUGGGAUGCAACGCGAGGACGCUUCUUCGCGGCGACGGUGGCCUGGUCGUACAAUCGCACUCGUCUCUUCACAUUCCAGGAUGAUAUGAACUAUCUCGCAUGCUGUUGCGAUGUGGUGAUGGCAGAAGUUGGCCGACUGGACAUUCAGGCCGAUGUUCAUGCGAAGACAUCUUUCAUCUCAUCCGUGUCGCACGAGUUGAGAUCACCACUUCAGGGAAUUCUCGGUGGUGUCGAAUGCCUGCAGGAGGAAAUCCACAAUAAUGACCCGUCCUCACGACAGCAGAUGGUGCAGAUGAUCGACACUUGUGGUAGAGGCCUUCUGGACAUUAUCAACAACCUUCUGGAGCACGCUCAUUCGAGCUCAUCUGGGAAGACUCAGCGGCCGGGUGCACAUCGACGGCGCGGUAACGCCGGUGAUACUGCGCAACAGCCCGUCCAUGAUCUGGCUGUGUUGGCGGAGGAAGUGCUGGAUAGCGCCCUGUGGUCGACGCCGCGACCGUCUGCGCUUUCUACCAGCAAAGAUGAUCCAGCAGCUCCACUUGCUGAAGACCCAUCACUGCGAGUCAUUCUCGAUGUCGACAUUCGCAAUCUGCCUCCGACGGGUUGGAACGUUCAUGUCAACUCUGGAGCGUUUCGAAGAAUUCUGCAGAACUUGACCAUGAACGCAAUCAAGUACACUGACGCUGGCGGCUACUUCAAAGUCACCUUGUCCAUGGACAAGGGCUCUUCAAUGAUCAAGAUCUCUUGCACCGACUCGGGUCGCGGAAUGAGCGAGGAGUUCCUCAAAUACGGCUUGUGGCAAGCUUUCAAGCAGGAGGAUAGUCACACGCCAGGGACCGGGCUCGGUCUUUCUCUCGUCCGGAGUUUGGUCCAUGAGAUGGGCGGGACCAUCAGCCUGAAAAGUGCAAAGGAUGUGGGCACAACCAUCAAGCUGGCUCUCCCACUGCAGGCCGGCGCACCCGCUGAUACUCAUAACCUGAGUGGUCUGUCCGAAGCUGCUCAGAUCAAGGGCCUCACUUUCACCUUGGUGGGUUUCGAAACAACGAGCGAGGUGGCAAGAUUGGCGGAAGCUACUGAAAUACAACGCUCUUCGAUCGAGAAAGUAUGCAGGUACUUGGGAAUGCAACCAUUUGAAGAGCACAAUGGAAAGACUGCAGACAUUCUUGUGAUCACGGAACGAGCGGCGAGAAGGCUGGUCGAGGACAAGAAGACGAGUGAGGAGACCUCAGGGUCAAGAGUCUGCCUGAUCUUCUGCGAUUCUGUGACGGCGUCUCGAGCUGCACGGCAACUUUGUGCCUCAAGCCUAGGACCGGCUAUGACUGUCGCUCAGCCACUGGGACCUAAGCAAUUGCUCAAAGCCCUGAUCUUUUGCCUCGACAACCGCGAGAAGAUACCCAUCUCAGCGGAGAAACCUACUUCGCCCGCAGUCCGCGUUCAAACGAAUGGCAACCACGCAGCACUUACGCCGGAGAAACUCGUGAAGCGAUAUGCACCUUCAUCGGGAGCUGUCAAAGUCAGCGCAAGCAUAGAAAUUGCCGUACGACCUGUUGCACCAGAGUCCGGACUCAUCACGGAUUCGAGUGUCCUACUCGUGGACGACAACCCGAUCAAUCUGACCCUGCUCCGGAGAUGCAUCAAGCGUCUAGGACGGAUUGACCUAGCAGCCGUCAAUGGACAGGAGGCACUGCUGGUAUAUAAGGAGUCCCACUCCCAUCGCUUGGAGCAUGUCAGGACAUCCUCGGACGGCAAGUCGACACGCACCGCGCCCGUGAGAUUCAUUCUCACGGACAUUACGAUGCCUGUCAUGGACGGUCUGGAGUUCACUCGGCGUGUACGAGCGCAUGAACGUGCGUUAGACUUGAAGCCCGCGAUGAUCGUGGCUCUCACGGCUUUAGCUUCGUCGGCUGAUAGGCACGAAGCAUAUGGAAGUGGUGUGGAUCUCUUCCUCACAAAGCCCUUUCGGUAUAAGGAUAUU